UUGGCUAACCACGUAGACACUAUGUUUGCAAAGUUGAAUGAUGACAUGAAACGUGUAGCUACAAUUUAUGGUGAUGGCAGCUUUUUUGCUCGAAAUUUCGAUACUUACGAUGCAGAAGUGGAAGAGUUGGGAAAGCUGAAUGAAGCAGAGGCUAGAGCACAACUUCAACGGUACGCCCUGCGUUGCCACGUGAAUGAAAAGGAAAAAGAACAGCUGCAUAGAAGAAAUCGAGAGUUGAAUGAUGCCCUCGAAAUUUUGCGAGUCCACAUUUUACGUACGCAAACCAAUGUGCUUGAUCAGGCUCGCAGAGUUGCAAAACAAGCUACAGAUGGUUUGAAUGAGUUGCUACAAUCUUCAUCGAAAGAAAUCACAAAGCUAAAUCAGAAGAAUGCUCUAUCGCUAGCACAAAGCAGCUCUUUACAAAACCAGCUCAAGCAGACAACUGCUCAGCUGGAAGCGAAAAAAGAGAAGAAUGCUCUGUCGUUAGCACAAAGCAGCACUUUACAAAACCAGCUCAAACAGACAACUGCUCAGCUAGAAGCGAAAAAAGAGGCUCUAAAAGAAGCAAAUAAAAACUUAGACAUGCUUCGAUUUGAAAGAGAUUCACUGCAGAACCACAGCGAUCAGCGAGAUCAGAAGUUAGAGCAACUCGAGUCUCGUAUACAUGAUCUCAGUGAAGAUUUAAAAUUGAAAGAGGAAGCCGUGAUAAAAGCAAAAGCAGAGGUAAUGUGGAGUGUUCCUUCAGUGGUGAUGUGGCUGACAUAA